UUUUAUUUUAUUUUAUUUUGUUAUAACUGUAUGAGACAUGAUUGCUGCUGCUAUUGGAGGGAAACCAACAACGCCUACGCCAGGGCUUGUUGCGUCGACGGGGUCUGAAUUCUUGUCGUCGCUGCCAAAGCUAGGGAUCGUGUCUGUGCCCAAUGGCGCUUCCGUAAUUUACUUGAAAUCGAGGGGCAAUUUGCGAAUUCAGGCCGUCGAGGGGUCGAGAAAAACCGUCAAUGUGAACGAAAAAGUCGACGAUUUCGACGGCAAGUUCGACAAUGGCCACGCUGGGCAAAACCGAAGCCAGUUAUCUACGGUUGGAAAAUCGACCAACAUUAAGUGGCAGGAUUGUUCGGUUGGAAAAAUUGAUAGACAAAGAUUACUCAAACAGAAAGGUUGCGUUAUAUGGAUCACGGGUCUCAGCGGUUCAGGGAAGAGCACUGUGGCGUGUGCUUUGAGUCAGUUCUUGCAUCAUAGGGGUAAGAUGUGUUAUAUUCUUGAUGGGGACAAUGUGAGGCAUGGCCUGAAUCGUGACCUUGGUUUUAAAGCAGAAGAUCGUGCAGAGAACAUACGGAGGAUUGGGGAGGUAGCAAAGCUGUUUGCAGAUGCUGGAGUUAUUUGCAUUGCCAGUUUGAUUUCUCCCUACAGAAGGGAUCGGGAUGCAUGCCGUGCGCUAUUACCUGAUGGGGAUUUUAUUGAGGUUUUCAUGGAUGUGCCCCUCCAAGUUUGUGAGGCAAGAGACUCAAAGGGCCUCUAUAAGCUUGCACGUGCAGGAAAGAUCAAAGGCUUUACUGGGAUUGAUGACCCAUAUGAGCAGCCAUUAAACUGCGAGAUAGUAUUAGAACAUAAAGGAGGAGAUGGUGCUUCCCCAUGUGUAAUGGCUGAAAAAGUGGUUUCUUACCUGGAAGAGAAGGGGUACCUAGAGGCAUAACAAGAUGGUGGCUCUCCCAUCCUGGCUUUCUAAGUUUUUUUUUUUUACCAUACAACUGCAACAGAGGUUUGUUUGUAAUAGUGUCUGUUGCAUUAUUUUAUUGAUAAAUUAAUUAAUGCUAAGUUGCCAACCUCAUUCUUAUUCUUCCUUUUCUUCUUUUUUCCUUUAUUGAAUCAAUCUGGAAGUUUGUUUUCCUUUUUUGUACAUGAGUUUAAGCAAUAUGAUGUAAUUGCUUGUCCGAAACUUGUUGUCGUCAAUUAUUUAAGUAAUAGCUUUUCCACAUA